AUGACUACCUUCACGAAACUUAGCGAUCAGGAUACGCCGAGUAUCGCCAUCCACCCAACCCGGCGUAUUUCCAAGAUCAAUCCCAACAUCUAUGCAGGAUUCACAGAACACAUGGGCCGAUGCAUCUACGGCGGCAUCUACGACCCGGGUAACCCCUUGUCAGAUGAGAAUGGCUUCAGGAAAGAUGUCCUCGAGGCUCUGAAGACGCUCGACAUUCCCGUGGUCCGCUACCCUGGCGGCAACUUUAUGGCAACGUAUCACUGGAUCGACGGUGUCGGUCCUAAAGACCAGCGUCCUGCACGGCCUGAGCUGGCUUGGCUGGGCACCGAGACCAACCAGUUCGGAACUGACGAGUUCCUCAAGUGGUGUGAAGUUCUUGGAACUGAGCCCUACUUCUGCCUGAACUUUGGAACUGGUACUCUUGAUGAGGCACUGGCAUGGGUUGAGUACUGCAAUGGCACAGGAAACACUUACUAUGCAAACCUCCGCCGGAAGAAUGGCCGCCAAGAGCCGUACAAUGUUAAAUACUGGGCUCUCGGAAACGAGACCUGGGGGCCAUGGCAGGUCGAGCAGAUGACCAAGGAGGCAUAUUCGCACAAGGCCUAUCAAUGGGCAAAGGCUCUUAAGCUCCUUGAUCCCAGCUUAGUUCUGAUCCUCUGUGGACAGGACGGUACCGCAUCGUGGGACUACUAUACCCUGAAGCACUGUUUGCUUCCCGUCAAUUCGCCUCUAUCUACGAGUGCUGUCCCCCUCAUUGACAUGCACAGUAUUCACCUGUACACCUCAUCAUCAUCUCAUCUGCCUAAUGCCACCGCCCCUCUGGCUGCUGAGCGUGCCAUUGAGAUCACGUCCUCCCUGAUCGAUCUCGCCAGGAUCGAGAACGGAGUUCCUCCAGAGCAAACACGUCCAACCAUCUGCUUUGAUGAGUGGAACGUGUGGGACCCCAUCCGUGCCGAAGGCAGCAAGGGUGCUGAGGAGUGCUACACGCUUUCCGACGCGCUUGCUGUGGCCGUAUGGCUCAACGUCUUCGUCCGUAAGAGCAAGGACUUGGGCAUGGCAUGCAUUGCGCAGACCGUCAACGUUAUCUCCCCGCUCAUGACCACCCCCGAGGGCAUCACCAAGCAGACCACAUGGUGGCCUCUGUACCUGUUCUCUAAGUACAUGCGUGGCUGGACCAUCAGCGCGCAUCUCGAGAGUGCAACCUACGAGGGUGAAACCUCUCCCAAGUGGAUCCGCGGUGUCAAGGAGACCCCGUGGUUGGACGUCAGCGCCGUUCUGGGUGAGGAUGGCUAUGUCAACGUUGCCGUGGUCAACAUCCACGAGGAGAAGGCUAUUGAAACCAAGAUCGAGGGUGCCUCGGGAGAGGUCGCCGUGUUCACUGUCACUGGUGACAAUGUCGCAGCUACCAACAUGAAGGGCAAGGAAGAAGUUGCCGUGGUGGAGAGCACCUGGGACGGACAGGGUCCCUACGCAUUCCCCAAGCACUCUCUCACCCUGCUGAGAUGGAAGGCCUAA